UUGACCUCCUUCGACAGAAGAGAUCCAGGAUUUCCCUCCAUUGAGGCGAGAGGGAACCCUUUACUGAGGGAAACCCAACUUCCUUUGGGGCGAAGGCAACCUCGCCUAGACCCACAGUUAUGUAGAGGCUGGGGGCUAAUUCAGCUCCCACUGACCUCCCCUCCACUCCCCCCCUCCCCCAUCAGCUCCUCACUACUAAGUGAUAGUGUCUAGGAUUAGCGGCCGUAGCUAAGGUGGAUGGCAAGAACUAAUGCCUGGCCCUUUAAGAGCCCGCAUCGAGGGGAGGGGACUCCGGGCGGAAGCUGCGUAGGUGAAGGACGGAAGUGGAGUCUUAGGUGUAGCAGUCAUGGCGCAGGAUGGAGAAGACGAGAGGGACUACAAUCUGAAUGAAGAGCAAAAGGCAAUCAAGGCCAAAUACCCCCCAGCCAUCCGGAAGUACGAGUAUCUGGAUCACACAGCUGAUGUACAGUUACAUGCUUGGGGAGACACGUUGGAAGAAGCAUUUGAGCAGUGUGCAAUGGCCAUGUUUGGUUACAUGACAGACACAGGAACUGUUGAACCGCUACAAACAGUUGAGGUGCAAGCAGAAGGAGAUGACCUACAGUCUCUUCUCUUUCACUUUUUGGAUGAAUGGCUUUAUAAAUUUAGUGCCAAUGAAUUCUUCAUACCACGGGAAGUGAAAGUACUAUCUAUUGACCAAAGAAACUUCAAAUUACGAUCAAUUGGGUGGGGAGAAGAAUUUUCUUUGAAUAAGCAUCCUCAGGGAACAGAAGUCAAGGCAAUAACAUAUUCAGCAAUGCAGGUCUAUGAUGAGGAGAAGCCAGAAGUUUUUGUGAUUAUUGACAUUUAAAACAAUCAAAGGAAAUUCAAAAAGAACCAUUGUCUCUCUUCCCUGGAGGAAAAAAUACAGUGAUUGACCUAAAAAAAAGGAGAGAAAGAAGAAGGACAGAUAUGGACAACUAGCCUUCUUUAUAAGAAACUGAAAAAAUUGGGGAACAGAUAUAUUCCAUCCUCUCUAGGAAAACUUGGAGAAAAAGUCAGGUGACAGUAUGUUGCCUAUUUACAAAUUCUUGGCUAAAAGUGACAAGAAACUUAAUCUUCCCUAUCCCAACUAUUGACAUUGAAGAAUACUAGCCCUAUGGGCUUUUCUUCAUUUUCCAUUUUUGAAAAUGGGUCAUUGAGAAGAUAGGUUUCAGUAAAUUUUCCUUGUUAUCCAAUUUGCUAAGAUAGUUUUAAUUUACACAUAUAUAUGAAACAUUUAAAUGAUGAGCUGCUAUGAGAUACUAUGUCUCUUGUAAUCCAUCUGGAAUUUUUACUUGUUUUUUUAAAUUACAUGUAGAAAACCGUUUUUCACAAUUAUUACCUGAUAUUUUGUAAUCCAGACUUCUUCCUUUCCUCUCUGCCACCUUCCUGAAGUGGUAAAUAGUCUUGACAAAUCUGGAAACCCUAGAUAAGCAAUAGGAAACAAACAGAACCUAAUGUAAUGGGAAAUGGAAGAAUUCAAAAGGGCUUUGCAAUGUGAACCUCCAAGUGAUUGACAGGGACAUGUGACAGAGAGUAUUUCUGAACCUCUAGGAGCUGAGGGGGAAGGCCCAAAAGAAUUCUGAGGGCUUGGCUUGCCUAGGGGAGUCAUUUUGACAGUACCACAUGCUCUUGGCAGCCAUCUUGGAGUGGUCAUUUUGGGAAAACUGUUUUUUGAAUUUUUUAAAAUUGUAACAACCUGUUCAAGUUUAUGUAUAAAGGACAUUGUAAUAACACUAUUUAAUUCUUCAGUAAUAAUGGAUGUAAACAUGUCAUCAGGCAUGUUAAGCAAUAUGUUUAUGUUAUGGGAAUAUAUAAUGUAUAUACCUUAUGGUAUAUUUGUAAGUUUCCCUAACUUCUGGUCACCUUGUAUUUGAAUUGGAAUGUAUGAAAUCUGUAAUGACAGAUGUUCCCCUUACUAUAAUCUGUAGGUUUGUCUUGUACAA